AUGCCUCGUAAAGAAAGGCUCCGCCCCAAAGCCCGAGUCACCUCCACUGUGAGCGUGCCUCUCGGCAAAAACGGAAAUCCGAGGACAGUCGAGCAACUCCGUGUCCUGAGAGAAAGGCGAGAGAAGCAAAGGGCUGAAGAAGAUAAGGAAAUGGAGGUUGAAAUGGCGGCGGCGACAGCCGCAGAAGAGGAGAGGAUUAAAAAGGAGCGCAAAAGACUAAAGCAACAAGAAGAGCGACAAAAGAGACGGGAGGAACUCGAUCGCAAAAGACGUGAGCGAGAGAACAUGACAAAAAUCCGCCAUGCACCAGCUGCAGACAAGUACAUCAAAGAGGUGACAUCCUUGGUUGAGAAGUAUAAAAACGUUCGCUGUGACCUUUGCAUCCAAAACAAUGCCGUUUGUGCAUGGAGCAAGUUACCUCUCAGCUUUCGUUGUGAUCGGUGCUCCAUUGCUGGAAGAUCGAUGAACUGUAUUGUAGACAACGACGGGGUCAAGAAACGAAGGGACGAAUGGUGGAAGCCGUUUCCCAGGGGGUUCCAGGUCAACCCACCCUUCAUAAUCCAUCCAGCCGGGUCCUCCGAAGAGGUUCAAAACCAAUUAAAUCUAGAGGCAGAUGAUGUGAUGGUACAUUCGCCCAUGGACCCUGCAGCUGUUGGACAAGAAAUUGGUGACAAGCUCGACACAAUAUUGGAUACUUUGCGUCAUAUAUUAGGAAUCCAAGAGAGGAUACUUGGUAUCGGUGCUAAAUCGGUCCCAGAGACGGAUGCAACCUCUGCAAUUUAUGAGCUAUCCUUAUCAUUGAGCUUAUUCAAAUGCGAGCGCUCCGAUGCGGGCUCUAUUACCGCGAGCAUAGCCGUAUUAAAAGCCAUGUUGUUGAAAGGUCCGCCGCCCACAAAGGCCACCACCCCACAGAUCAUUCCUUAA